CCCCGCGCCACCGCCGGCCGUGAAAAGCGCGCGCCAGCCAGCGUCGGCAACAGUCGCCGCCUGACCCCCGAGAGCACUCCGCGCGAGGCCAGCAUCGCAACCGUCGCCUAGCAACCAGCAGUCAACAUGCCGGCACGAAACAAGGAACAGGAAGCAGAGGUCCUGCAGUGGAUAGAAGACGUCCUGGGCGAGAAGCUGCCCUCGCAGCCCUACGAGGACGUGCUGCGAGACGGAGUCGUCCUCUGCAAGCUCAUCAACAAGAUCGCGCCCAACUCCGUCAAGAAGAUACAGCCUAAGGGGACCAACUUCCAGCUCAUGGAGAAUGUUCAGAGGUUCCAAGACGCUAUCCGCAAGUAUGGUGUGCCCGACGAGGAGAUCUUCCAGACAGCUGAUCUGUUUGAGAGGCGCAACAUUCCUCAGGUGACGCUGUGUCUGUACGCCCUUGGCAGAAUUACGCAGAAGCACCCCGAGUACACGGGCCCAAGGUUGGGGCCCAAGAUGGCGGAGGAGCACAAGCGCGAGUUCACCGAAGAGCAGCUGCGCGCGCACGAGGCGCACCUCAACCUGCAAAUGGGCUACAACAAGGGCGCCUCGCAGGCGGGGCUCGGCUCCUUCGGCAACACGAGGCACAUGUAGGCGCUGCCCUGCGCCCUCUGCGUGCGCCGGCUGCACCGCAAGACACCUGCUGCAAGCCCGCUCUAGUCGCCCCACAGACACCGGCUGGGAGCAAACUGGCGUGCUAGAGCCGACACUACCGCCAACACACACACACACACACAC